UCAGGUGAAGUUCGGACGCAGAUGAGAAUAUCAUACACUUCUCUUCACUAUAAGUAUUAAUUUACCCGAUAAAACGACAAAUCACCAUGUUUCAUAAGACAAGAAGACAAAGGGUUACUUGCACAAUAUUUACUAAAGUUUCUGAGUGAAAACCUUCUACUGGAGUUCCAUGUGUUGUGCUCAUUGAGCGUCAUCGGUGAUAAAGAACAUGGACUGGGGUUCAGAUCUGUGGGACCAGCAUGACGUGAUUGAGAGACACACGCAGAGUGGACUGGAUCUACUGGAGCGAUAUGUGAAGUUUGUCAAAGAGAGAGCGGACAUUGAGCAGAAUUACGCCAAACAGCUCAGGAAUCUCUGUAAGAAAUUCCAUUCCAGACGAGGCAGCAAAGAAGAUCAGGACACAAAAUUAACCAAUCAGCAAGCAUUUCAGGAUGUGCUGAAUGAGCUGAAUGAGUAUGCAGGUCAGAGAGAGCUGCUGUCAGAGAACAUGACUGUGAACAUCUGUGCGGAUCUCACCAAAAAUCUCCAUGAACUCCGAAUGGAACGCAAGAAUUGUCUCUUGGAUAUUAAGAAGGCUCAACAAAACCUUGAAAGUGUUUUAAAACAGCUUGAGAUUAGUAAAAAGCGUUUUGAGAAGGAAUGGAAAGAAGCAGAAAAGGCAAAUCAACAAACAGAGAAAAUCCAGCAGGACACCAACUCAACUAAAGCAGACGUGGACAAGGCCAAACAGCAGGCACACUCGCGCACACACAUUGCAGACGAGUGUAAGAAUGAUUACGCUUCACAACUCCAGAGGUACAACAAGGAGCAAAACAAUUUUUAUCAUUCCGAAAUUCCCGAAGUAUUCAAGAAGCUACAGGAAAUGGAGGAGCGACGCAUCAGGAUGUUGGCGGAUGGUUAUGUGCAAUUCUCUGAAACUGAAAAGAAGAUCCUGCCAAACAUCAGCAAGUGUUUAGACACAAUCAGCACCACAGGGAGGAACAUCAAUGAGAAACAGGAAACUUUGGCUCUUAUAGAGCAGUAUAAAACAGGUUUGACGCCCCCUGCUGACGUGGAGUUUGAAGAUUACAGUCAAGGAGUCAAACCCGCCGCCAAUGAGACCGCACCUCACCUACCCAAAGUCCGCAUCAAACAGUUGUUCCACAAGAAGAACAAGAUAACAUCUCCUGAUAAAACUAUGCCCUCUUUGGUCAAGGAUUUAUCUCGUCUUCCUCCAGAUAAGAGAAGGAAAUGUUUGCAGGAGAAGAUUGAUGAUGUAAACAAAGAGCUGCAGAUAGAGACAGAACAAAGUGAGGCUCUGAUGAAGAUGAAGGGAGUUUAUGAACAGAAUUCUCAGCUUGGCGAUCCGUCCAGUCUUCAACCUCAGAUCAUACAAACUGCUCAUAACAUUGCCAAACUGAGAGGAGAACUCAACAAAUAUCAGGCACAGUUAAGUGAAGUUGGAGGUGGAACAUUCAUACAAAAUCAGACCAGUUCAGGGUAUAACUAUGUGUUAAGUGAGUCCAGCAUGUCUCCGUCCGAUGAAAAUAUCUAUGAAUGUGGUUUUGAUGAGGACUUUGAAGUCGACGUGCCCAUUGGUCAGUGCAAAGCACUCUACAACUUUGAUGGUGGCAGUGAAGGUGCCGUGUGCAUGCUGGUGGGCGAGCAGCUGAGCUUGAUGGAAGAAGAUCAGGGUGAUGGCUGGGUCAGAGUUCAGAAGGCAAAUGGAGACGUGGGAUACGUGCCAGCGACCUACAUUCAGAUCAUCUGAUUGCUUCUUUACCUUUAAAAUCAUGAUUCUGAAAUCUAAAUAAUCGGAUUCCUUUAUCUACAAAAUCACGAUUCAACCUUCAAUAUAUUCCGAGUUCACCUAAAAAAUCAAUUUCUCCUGUGCCUUCAGCAGCGACCCCCUCCAUCAUUUGAUAUCACAGAUGUUUUAAAAUAUUUUGAAAUGAAUGUGUCUGAUCUGUGGUCACAUGACAUGUAAUGGGGAGUUUUGCAAUUUUGCCUUGACCUGAAUUAUUUACUUUCCUUUGGUUUUGAUUUUUUUUUUUUUUUUUUUUUUUGUCGUCUUGCUUUAUUUGUGGUGUUUGUUUACUUGUUUGUGUGUGUUGGGAGUCUUUGGCUUGUGCCUUAUAAAGUCAAAUGUCCAUGCAUUAAAACAUUUUCACAGAUAUGUUGGUGCAUUUAAAAGAACAAUUACAUGUACUGUCAGCUUACAGCAAUAUUUAUAUCAGCGAUAUUUAUAUCAUAGAUGGCAGUCUAUUAAUAAAUAUGUCAGUCUAUUAAUUAAUAAAAUAUUAAAUGUUUAGUCUCCAGCCUUUUUUCUGGUGCAGUUCAUGUGUAAAACAAUGGUCAUGCUAACAGUCAGAUCUCUGUCUCCCACUGCUGGCUGUACAGAGUAAUGACAAACUCCACCUGUUCAAACAUGUUCAUUAUUUUAGAUUCAACUCGUCCCUCGGGU